CUCCGUUUCUGUGCCACGUGCGUGACGUCAGCGCAAGAUGGCGGCGUCGUCUUGCGUGAGGUGCGUGGGGAAGGUCGGCCGGCUGCUUUCACGCAGCUCAGCGGGGAACCCGGUGCUGGGCUCCACGCGGUUUUCAGCGCGAGCUCACAGCAGCUUCCCCCGCGCAGUGAGGCGGACCGGAAGCGGCGGGGUGGCGCUCAGGUGUGUGUUCCUGCUCGGAGGCGGACUCGGUUUGUCCCACACCGUUAAACUCACACUGCAGAGACACCACGCACAGCAGCAGCAGCAGCAGCACAAGGCACCGGUUCCUGGCUGGGACCUGAAGCUGACGCUGUAUCAGUAUAAAACCUGUCCGUUCUGCAGUAAAGUGCGCGCGUUCCUGGACUAUCAUGGCCUCCCGUAUGAAAUCGUGGAGGUUAACCCCGUCAUGCGGCAGGAAAUCAAGUGGUCCACGUACAGGAAGGUUCCCAUCCUGAUGGUGAACGAAACCAUCCAACUGAACGACUCGUCUGUGAUCAUUAGCACUCUGAUGACGUACCUGAUCAGCAGGGAGAAGGGCGUUCCUGAGAUCGUGGCCUGUUAUCCUGAAAUGAAGGGGAAGAACGACAGGGGGAGAGACGUCACGGAGUUCGGGAACAAGUACUGGGUGAUGGUGGACGACACCGAACACCUGCAGUUCUUUCCAGAGAAGACGUCCAGGCAAGAGGAAAUAAAAUGGCGUAAAUGGGCAGACGACUGGCUUGUGCACCUCAUCUCCCCAAACGUGUACCGGACCCCGGCUGAGGCUCUGGCGUCCUUCGACUACAUCGUCCGCGAGGGAAAGUUCGGCACCUUCGAAGGUUUCUUUGCGAAGUACAUAGGAGCGGCAGCCAUGUGGCUCAUCUCCAAACGCCUCAAAAACAGACACAACCUGCAAGAUGACGUGAGGCAGGACCUGUACAAGGCGGUGAACGACUGGGUGGCGGCCAUCGGGAAAAAUAAGAAAUUCAUGGGAGGAGAAAACCCCAACCUCGCAGAUCUGGCCGUGUUUGGUGUUCUGAGGGUCAUGGAGGGUCUUCAGGCUUUUGACGACAUGAUGGAGAACACGAAAGUGAAGAAGUGGUACAGGCGCAUGGAGAAAGCCAUGCACAGUCAUCCCAACUGACUCCCACAUGCCUUCGGUUCGGUCUUAAGGGGUUCCCUUUUACACAAUAACCGUGCUGGGUGCAUGCAGUGGGCAAUAACAUCCAGAACCUUCAGCUGAGGAAAACUCUCUUAAUUGCGCUUGUGUGUCGAUGAAACUCCAGCAGUGUGCUUUUCUCGCUCUGGUGUUCACUUAUCUGCUAAUAUUGUCUGAUUGGUUAGUGGUUAAUUAUAAUUAAUUUAUUUCUCUCUGAUGCUGUAACUAUAAGUAACAAGAGCAGCAAUAAAGAGUAAUAAGGGAAUGGGCAUGAUUGAUCCAGGUCGAUGAUUGAUUCUAGCUCCAGAAGUGACUUUACUCACCAGAUUGUGGGAGUUAUAAAGUAAUGGCACCCUUCUGAUUAUAAACGGUGCACAUUGUCAACUAAGCACCAGAAAAUAAAGGAAAAAAAAUCA